AUGGUCAACAUUAAGGUUUACAUCGCUUCGUCAAGUGGCUCUGUGGCGGUGAAAAAACAACAGCAGGCAGUGGUGGGCUUCCUGGAGGCCAAUGGAAUCCAAUUCCAGGAAGUAGACAUAGCCAUGCUGGAGGAGCAAAAGUUCUGGAUGUACCAGCACAUCCCUAAGGAUAAGCAACCCAAGAACGGCAAACCGCUGCCUCCGCAGAUUUUCAACGGCGAUCGCUACUGCGGGGACUACGAGGAUUUCUUCCAAUCUAAAGAAAACAACACUGUCUUAACCUUCCUGGGCCUCAAUUCUGAAGCUUCCAUCAAACAAAAGCCGUGUCUUCAUCUCGUGGAUGCCAAACGUGAAAGUCCUCUAAAACCUCUUGUACGUGCCCAAUGCUCCAGCGCCACUGUGAGGCUGGCGGGCCCCUCGUCCACGCGCUGCUCGGGGAGAGUGGAGGUCCUCCAUGCCGGCGAGUGGGGCACCGUCUGCGACGACUUCUGGGACCUGAACAGCGCCCAGGUGGUGUGCCGCGAGCUCCAGUGCGGCACAGCGCUAGCGGCCUAUAAAGGGUCGCGCUUCGGCAUGUCCGUUGGCCCCAUCUGGCUAGAUGACGUGCAGUGCACCGGAAGCGAAUUGUCUAUCCUCAAGUGCCAGCACCGCCCCUUCGGGGACAAUAACUGCGGGCACGAAGAAGACGCCAGCGUGGUCUGCUCAGGUGAGACAGUGACUGCAUGGUUGCUAGAACACUUGCGGGUAACUAACGGCAGCAGCCGUUGCAACGGCCGACUGGAAGUCUACACGGACGGUCACUGGAACAAAGUGUGCGGCGAGUUUGGGAUGCCCGAAUCCAAGGUGGUGUGCCGGGAGAUGAGCUGCGGGAACCCGCUGGUUUCCGCCCAAAAACAGUAUUUCGGCGAAUCGCGCGAAGUUUUGGCUGUGAAGACCACGUGUUUGGGCAACGAAAGCUCCGUCGCGCAUUGCUCGCACAAACCCGUCAAGGAAACAUGCACGGACGCAACCAUUUCUUGCUACAACAGCCAACCCAUUCGUCUGGUCAACGGAACCAACCGCUGCUCUGGCCGAGUGGAGAUCCUUCACAUGGACCAGUGGGGGACGGUGUGCGACGACAAAUGGGGGAUUCAGGAGGCUAGCGUGGCGUGCCGCGAGAUGGGCUGUGGGGCUCCUUUGGAAGUCAAGUACAAGGCCUUCUUCGGCAGCGGCGACGAUCAAACCUGGCUGGACGAUCUAGAUUGCACGGGGCAGGAGAAGUCGCUCUCCGAGUGCUCGCACAGAGGGAUGGGCGAGCACGACUGCAGCCACGCAGAAGACGCCGGCGUCGUAUGUUCAGGACCUCCCGUACUACGGCUCGUCAAUGGUACCAACCGCUGCUCAGGCCGAGUGGAGGUCUACCACGACGGCAUAUGGGGGACGGUGUGCGAUGACUCCUGGGACAUCAGAGAUGCCCAAGUAGUGUGCAGAGCAUUGGACUGCGGCACGGCCAUGACGGCCAAAUCAGGAGCCUACUUCGGCGAAGGCGGGGGUCAAAUUUGGCUGGACGACGUCGGAUGCUUGGGCAACGAGUCGUCCUUGCUUCAAUGCCCGCAUUCACCCUUCGGAGAUACUAACUGCAAUCACGUCGAAGACGCUUCCGUUAUGUGUUCAGCCAGCAUCAGACUGAUAAAUGGAACCAACCAGUGUUCAGGCCGGGUGGAGGUCCACCACGAAGGCCACUGGUCAUCCGUGUUCAACGUUCAAUGGAGUUUGCACGAAACGGCGGUGGUCUGCCGGGAGAUGAACUGCGGCGAUCCCGUCAAAGCUUCGGGGUCUUUCGGGCAAAGGGGCGACGUCAACGGCUAUAAAAUCAACUGCAACGGAAGGGAGACUUCGCUAACACAGUGCUCCUUCCGGGAUUACGUCCGUAGCGGCCACGAUCGCGUUCAGGAGGCCUCCGUCGAAUGCUCCGGUAACGUGAGGCUGGCCGGCGGCCAAAACCGCUGCACCGGGAGGGUGGAGUUCUUCAAUAACGGCCGCUGGGGAGACGUGUGCGGAGAAAUGUGGGACAAUGACGACGCGACGGUGGUGUGUAGGCAGCUCGACUGCGGCAAAGCCAUCAAGAUCACUGCCGGGACGGAGUUCGGCCACGGUUCGGGACACGUCUGGAUCGAGCAGAUCGAAUGCAACGGAAUGGAGUCCACGUUGGCGCAGUGCUCGCAACGGUCUUUCCAGGAUAGGUUGUGCAACAUCACCUCGCUAGCCGGCGUGGUCUGCUCAGAUAGCUUGGAGGUGCGCUUGGUGAAAAGCGAAAUCGAGUGCACCGGUACCGUGGAGGUCCAGUACGACGGCACGUGGCACUCCGUUUGCGACGCCGACUGGAACCAGGCCAAAGCCGAGGUGGUGUGCGAUCGUUUGGAGUGCGGCCGCGUGGUCAGCGUCCACGGUGCCGCUCAUUACGGUCAAAGUAGCGGCCCCGUGGUGGAGGCUAACGACGCCUGUUUCGCUAACAUCAGCCAUCUUGAGCAGUGCUCGCUCAAAGGUUUCACUAAAUCCACGUGCCCGCAUGAUCAAGACGCCGGCGUUUCCUGUGCAGGUGAAGCGAUUUUGUCACUUUGCGCUAUCGCAAAGGUUUUCGACCAAACUAAACGAAUUGCCGAUUCAUCCGGGUUUCUGCUCGCAGCCAAGCUACAGCUAGUUGGCGGCUGGAGCGGCUGUUCCGGCCGAGUGGAGGUGUUUCACGCCGGCGUUUGGGGGACCAUUUGCGACGACGAGUGGGAAGUGAGCGCUGCCGACGUGGUGUGCCGACAGCUUGGCUGCGGCCACGCCGUGUCGGCUCCUGGCAACGCGCAUUUCGGGCGGGGCACUGGUCCCAUAUGGCUGGACAACGUGGUGUGUGAAGGUCAGGAGUUGGCCAUCACACACUGCAACCACCAGCCAUUUGGAGAGAACAACUGCGGCCACUCUGAGGACGCUGGAGUCAUUUGUUUGGAGCGGAGUCACGAGGCUAUGUCGAGCAGAGCGGAGUCACGAGGCUAUGUGGAGCCGAGAGGAGUCACGAGGUUAUGUCGAGCCAAGACGAGUCACGAGGUUAGGUCGAGUCGAGCCUAG